AUGGUGCACACGGAAGGCAGCGCCCUGCUGAAAGCUGUCUGGCAGGGCAAAUUCCGGCUGACCCGCCUCUUGCUGGAAGGCGGGGCUUACAUCAACGAGGGCAACGCCCAGGGUGAGACGCCGCUCAUUGCCGCCUGCGUGGCCUCCUACGAGGACCCCCAGAACAAGCCCCGCAUGGUGAGGUACCUGCUGGAGAGCGGAGCUGACCCCAACAGUCCUGACAAGACGGGCAAGUCUGCCUUGAUGCAUGCGUGUGCGGAAGGCGCCGGGGCCGAGGUGGCCACCGUCCUGCUCAAUCACGGGGCGGACCCCAGCGCCAAGGAUUAUUCGGGCGCCUCGGCGUUGGUGUACGCCAUCAACAAAGGGGACCGGGCGACCUUGCAGGUGCUUCUGGAUGCCUGCAAAGCCAAGGGCAAGGAGGUUAUCAUCAUCACCACCGACACCUCCCCUUCGGGAACCAAGAAGACCAAGCAGUACCUCAACUCCCCGCCUUCUCCCGGCGUGGAGGACAAGCCCCCCCUGCCCGCCCUGUGCAUGUCCCCUUCCGACAUUGAGGUCCGCACCUCCCAGUCUCCCGGGGCCAGCGAGAAGGAAGAGGAACGGGACGUUUUCAACUUCAGCUUGGCCACCCGACUCAGCUGCUCGCCCCAUACCAAGGGGAAGGAGACGGAGGAGAAGGGCUCCUCGGGGCUGCUCCCCAAAAGUCAGCCCAAGCAGCUGAAGAGACUGAACUCUGAGCCGUGGGGUUUGGUGGCCCCCUCGGUCUUGGCCGCUUCGUAUCAGGACAAAGCCCGGAGCCCAGAAGACCGGGUACGGAUUGAGAUGAAUGGCUUGAGCCUCGCCAAAAGGCCUCCACUGUCUCGGCGACACAGCGUGGAAGGACAGGAGACCUCCUGCUUCAAGAUGGGGACCCACCCAGGAUCUGGAGAUGACGUCUCGGCCUUGGAUUCUUCCUGGGCAGAGAAGGUCCAGUUGGGCCACCUUCAUCAGACCCUCUCUCGACACAACACAGCCCCAGAAACUCAAGAGGGUCUCCAAGGUCCUAGUCCCAGAAGUGCGGCACAUCACAAGUUGACCUGCUUGGAACAUUUUGAGUCUGAUUCCCUCUGUCCCGAAUCCAUUCCAGGUUCUCCAGAUUCUGGCCGGGUUUCACUGGAGAGGAAGCGGUACAAUGCCUCCCCUUUGACCUUGCCCACCAGCUCCUCCCGGGAAAGUCUAGAGAGCAUCCCCAAUGCCGUCUCCCCGAUGACCAUUCGGCGUAGGACCCCAGGCCUCUUGGAGCGAAGAGGCUCCGGGACGUUCCUCCUCGACCACAUCGCCCACACCCGCCCGGGGUUCCUGCCCCCUCUGCACUUCAACCCUCAUCCUCCCCUCCGCGACAUUCGAGCCAAUGGGAAGCCCCCUUCCCCAGCCCACAAGGGGCUGAUCCCCAUGGCUCCCUCGUCCCCGAAGACCAAGCGGCUCCUCCGAAGACACUCCAUGCAAACGGAGCAGAUGAAGCAGCUGGUCAGUUUUCAGAGCCUGAUUGCGCAAGGCGACUCGGUGGCCACCUAAAACGGGCAACCCCCAGAAACCAGAAUCAACCAGAAUCUUUGUCUUUGGCCUAGUCAAAGUUUAGAGGGCCCAGCCUGUCUUCAUAGUUGGGUUUCCAUUGUCUUCCUCCCUUCUCUUGUUUGGUGUCCUACGUUGUAGCGGCCGUAUUUAGAAUCCUAACCUAACUUGACUUUCUAAACCUGGAGAGUUGGAACCAGCAUUCGGAGAUCACCGAAGAGAUAGGAUCUUGAAAGGGCCAAACAAUUCACAAUUGCUGUCCAGUGGCUACAACUCCGAGGAAACUCACCCAUCUCUGGUCAGAUUUUGGGACAGGAAGAUCUGCAACAAAAUAUUGACCAUGAAAAUAGGAGAUUGUUGAUAUCUAGACACCCUUUCUGUGGUUUGGAUGCCGAGUUGGAGAUGAUGAAUGCAGAAUACACAACAGUAGAGGUUGUUCCUCAAGUGAUGGUCCAAGAAGAGGGACCUCUUGGACAACUGGAGGGAUUUUUGAGAUGAAUGACACAAGAUAGAUUCAUGUCUUGUGGUUCUAGGACUUCUUCAGGGAUCCAUUGGCAUCAGGCAAAAUUCUUCUGUUUCUCUUUCAGGUCUGCUUUCCAGAAGAAAUCUGAGAAAAUUAGAGAAAUCGCUCGGUUGCAGAGAACCAGGAAGAUGUGAAAAUGUUCUAUACAUAGCAAAACCCUCUCUACUUCUCGUCCUCCGGGUCAAAUCCGGGGCAUUCUGCUUUUUCAGAUCAGUAGACCAGUGUUCCUCAACCUUAACGAGAUGAAACUGGUGGCAGGCAAGAAAGACGAGGUCCACACCUGAAGGUUCAAUUAAGCUGCUUUCUUGCGAAAAGCCAAUGCACAGGAAUCUUCUCAACUAGCAAUCAGCACUUGGUUAGCGUUAGAUAAGGGUCAAGGGCACUCCAGGGAGAUUGGACUUGGUUUGCUUGUGGCUACGUAGGGAUUCUAUGCUGAUCCCUCUUUUCACUCCGCUCCUGGGUUCUGCCAUUCCUCCUACGACAGUGGUUCUCAACCUGUGGGUCGGGACCCCAUU